UACUCUCGCGACAUUCAGGCGGUCAGUGCCUGGUCGGAAUAAUGGCCGCCUUCGUAGCUAUGGCCGGAACGGGGAACAACACAAGAGGCAUACCAGGGCGUUUUAGCUGACCGUGAAGAGCGUAAAUCGCCGGGCACCCCCUCCUACCCGGCGUCCAGAGCGGAUGGGGAGAGGGGGCUUUGCCAAAAAGGACACAAGAAACGAGAGAGACUCGGAGGGACGAGAAGGAAGGCUAACACGACGCUGAUAUCUGGCGCUAGCUGGUUAUCAACAACCACGGUUGUUCCCGACGGCGGAACAAACCCGAAACAAACCUCGAGGAGCCGAGACAGCGGUGUGUCGGGAGGGUUUGAGGGAAAAACACUAGGGUGAUAUCUAGUGUGUGGUGGGACCAAAACGCUGGAGCGUGUGAUCAAACAUCCGGCUUGUCGGUAAUAUGAGCGGACCGGGGCAGGACAGCGAGCCAGAGGCCAAAGUCCUUCUCAUCAAGCGGCUUUACAGGGCUGUGGUGGAGUCUGUGCACAAGCUGGAUGUCAUCAUCAGCAGCAAGUCGUCCUACAGAGAGGUCUUCAAGCCGGAGAACAUCAGCCUGCGCAACAAGCUGAGGGAGCUUUGUGUGAAACUGAUGUUUCUACACCCUGUCGACUACGGCCGUAAGGCUGAGGAGCUGCUCUGGAGGAAGGUGUACUAUGAAGUCAUCCAGGUUAUCAAGACCAACAAGAAGCACAUCCACAGCCGCAGUGCUCUGGAGUGCGCCUACAGAACGCACCUGAUCGCCGGCGUGGGUUUCUACCAACACCUGCUGCUCUACAUCCAGUCCCAUUACCAGCUGGAGCUGCAGGACUGCAUCGACUGGACCCACGUCACGGAUCCACUCAUUGGCCGAAAGAAACCGGUGUCAGCCACCCCCAAAGAGAUGGAGUGGGCCCAGAUGGCCUGUCAUCGCUGCCUGGUUUAUCUCGGAGAUCUUGCCCGCUACCAGAAUGAACUUGCAGGAGUGGAGGCUGAGCAGCUGGCGGAGAGGUUUUACCACCAGGCGUUAUCUGUGAUGCCGCACGUGGGAAUGCCCUUUAACCAACUGGGAACGCUGGCAGGGAGCAAGUUCUACAACGUCGAAGCAACCUACUACUACCUACGCUGCAUCCAGUCAGACGCCCCCUUCGAGGGCGCCUACGGGAACCUGAAGCGCCUGUUCGACAAAGCUGCCAAGAUGUACCACCAGGUGAAGAAGCAGGAAAUGAAGAAGCUGUCUCCGUCUCGACAAAGAUCCAGAGACAUUAAGCGCCUCCUGGUGAGCUUCAUGUACCUCCAGAGUUUGCUGCAGCCCAAGAACAGUCUUUUGGAGACGGAGCUGACGUCUCUCUGCCAGUCGGUGCUGGAGGACUUCAACCUGGUGCUGUUCUACCUGCCCCCGCCGACCCACAGCGUCACUCACCACUGCCCCAGCGAGGAAGAGGAGGAGCAGCAGCAGCAGCACACAGACAGCUCCUGCCCCGUCCUCCCCGACACCCUCGUCUUCAAGAUGGUGGUCACGUGUCUGAUGGUGGUGCACAGCCUUAAGAGAGGAGGAUCAAAGCAGUACAGCGCUUCUAUAGCUUUUACUCUGGCCCUGUUCUCCCACCUGGUGAACCACGUCAACAUCCGGCUGCAGGCUGAGCUGGAGGAGACGGAGAGCCAGGUGCCUCCACUUCACACUGAUGCUGCAGAUGACCUGGAGACGAGGGACGUGUCGGCUCCGCCCACAGACCACUCUGACGAGAGGCCUCUGCAGAACGGUUCCCUGGAGCAAGAGGACGAGGAGGACAAGGAGGAAGACGGCUCGGAGAGGGUCGGCACCGCGAAGCACGGCAGCGUGGAGGAGCAGCGCAAGGUGGAAGAGGAGAAGCAGAGGCAGAAGAAGAAGUACGCCCGACUUUCCCGACUCCGGCGGCGCCGCUGCGCUCGCAAAGACACUCGGGGAGAGGAUGAAAGCGACCUGAGCGAAGGCUUCGAGAGCGAGGACGACGAAGACGACGACGAAGAGAGGAGGGGUCGGGCCGAUUCCACAGGUGGGACCACGACGACGACGGCGGCUCCGGUCAAUCCUACGUCCGUCCGGAAGGAGACGAAAGGAGACCCGCUGGGCGAGGAGGGAAGCUGGGGGAGCGGCUCGGAGGAAGAGGAGGAGGAGGAAGAAGGAGGAACGGCGUUCGACGUAGAGACGGACUCGGACAUGAACAGCCAGGAGUCUCGCUCAGACCUGGAAGACAUAGAGGACACGGAAAACUCCGAUAACUUAGAGGGUCAGGCCCGGGAGCAUCAGGACGAAGAGGAGGAUGAGGAGCAACCGAAGGAGGAAGGGGGGGAGAGGGACGGCGACACACCUCCCACCACCAACGGGCCCCUGACGCCCAGCGACUCCAGCAUCAGCAGCAACCUCCAGGCCAUGUCGUCUCAGCUCUUCCAGGCGAAGCGCUGCUUCCGCCUGGCGCCGACCUUCAGUAACAUGCUGCUGAGGCCCCAGCCCUCACCGUCCUCGGGGAUUCCCACCCCUACUGACACCUCUGCUCCCCCCUCCCAGGAGACCCCACCUCCUCCUGGGGAAUCGCCCUGUGACCUGAAUCCCGGUACUGCCAACGGAACCAAUGAAAACGACCUGGACUCUGAUUCAGAAGGAAGUCAACACAGCACUCAGUCCGUACACAGUGAAAAAACCCUGUUGGAGAAGCUGGAGAUCCUGACCAAUCAGGGCUUAAUCCAGGUGGUGAAGGUCUUUGUUGAUUGGCUCAGGACAAACACCGAUAUCAUCCUCAUGUGCGCACAGAGUUCUCAAAGCCUGUGGAACCGACUGUCUGUGCUGCUCAACCUGCUACCAGACGGCAGCAAGAUGCUGGAGGCCGAGCUCGGUCUGAACGCGGAGGUGACGGCGUUAUUGAACGAGUGCGAGCAGCCGGGGUUGGUCCAGAGUCUGCUGCUGCCCGAGGACCUGGCCCUGCGACACCUGCCCGCUCUCAACGUAGCUCACCGACGCCUCGACUUCACGCGCCGCAACACCUCCCUCAGCUCACUAGAGGAGUGUGUGGUGCGAGUCUGCUGUAUCCGCAGCUUUGGCCACUUCCUCACCAAUCUCCAAGGCAACGUUCUGCACUUCAACCCGGAGGCGGGAAUCUUCACCAGCAUCAGCCAGUCUGAGCAGGAGAAUCUGGUGCAACAGGCCAAGGCCCAGUUCAGAAUGGCUGAAGAGGAGGCUCGUCGGAAUCGCUUGAUGAGGGAUAUGGCUCAGCUUCGACUCCAGUUGGAGGUGUCCCAGCUGGAGGGCAGCCUUCAGCAGCCGAAAGCGCAGUCGUCCAUGUCUCCCUACCUGGUACCGGACACGGCGGCGCUCUGCCAGCACCUCAACCUCAUCCGACAGCUGGCUGGCAGCGGCUGCUUCAUCAUCAUCAUCCCACGGACGGUGAUCGACGGACUGGACCGGCUGAAGAAGGAAAACCCUGGCGCGAGGGACGGCAUCCGCUUCCUGGAGUCCGAGUUUCGCAAAGGCAACAGGUACAUACGCUGCCAGAAAGAGUCGGGUCGAAGCUUUGAAAGAGAUAAACUGAAGCGACAGGACAUCGAAGCUUGGCACUUAUACAAGAUGGUGGACAGUUGCCGCCAGCUGACCGUCUCCCAGAGCAACGGAGAUGAAGACACGGCCGGCAUGGUGACCAUUCUCACGGGCCAUCGGGUGGAGGAGCUCUGCUCUCAGUCUGCAGCCAUGAAGGCGGCGGUCCAGGCGGCCGGCUCUGCGGGCAUGGAGCUGAAGAACAUCGUGGAGUUCUACCGUCAGUGGAAGGAGAUCGGCUGAGAGGUCAAACCGGGGGGCAGCUGUCGGCGAAACAGCUGAUCGAUCACAACACUCGCUCCCUCUUCUCCCACUCUUUUGCUCUGUGUGUAUCUGCGUCUCCAAAGGCAACAAAAAAAAACAACAAAAAACAACAACAACAACAACUCGAAGGAAAAGCUGGAAGCUGGAUGGAAGAGUUAAAGCUUAGAGGGGUUGGAAAAGUAAAUACAGAGGAGUAAAAAACAAAAAACACAAAAAGAGAAAAUGCGGGUGAAGCAUCGCUAUAAGAAACAGGCGGAUCUCCCACCUCCCAACCCCUGAAACAUAAAGAGCGACCGGCUGUGGCUGUGGUCGGGGUGAGGAGAUGGUGGGACGACGCUACACAAUUUAAAGUGCCCCUGGUUCACGCCCUAACCAGGUUUACACUGUAUAUGUUAGCAAACGAGUACAUAACGUGUUGAGAGAAGCCACGCGCACACACAAACACACUCACGCUCAGAAGAAUCCAUUUAGAUAUUUAGAGCAGUGGUUUGGAUUUCGUUCCCUUCUCCCCUUUUCCCUUCGGUCUCUGUUUGAGGAGCAGGUUCGAGAGUGCGUGGGUCUGGUGGGGCUGGGCUUUCUUUUCCUUUUUUUUUUUUUUUUAUAUAUAUAAAGUCAAAGAUGUGACGCUCAGCCUCCACAAACACACCGGGCGUCCCCGUAGCUCGUACGCCUCUAGAAGGGUUGAGGAAGACGGAUGUAGUCUUCUCUCCUCCGGGAUCGGGUUCUUUCCUAUGUGGCUUUUUUUUUUUUUUUUUUUUUUUUGGUUUUUCUUUAUUUGCGGUGAACUUUUGUGACCAGUGACUUAUGUAUUGUGCUCUCUCUGUACGAGAAAAGGAAAAAAAAAAAAAAAAAGACAGGUGUCGCCCUGUUAAAGUUUUAAUUUGGAUUUUAUUUUUGUACCCAAAUGAUGUCGUUUAUUUUGCUUCUUUUUUUUUUUUUUUGUAAGCUGAAUCUGAAUGAUAUAUGCAAGAAUGUUUAAGGGAAGGGGAUGGGAUGAGGGGUUGUUGUCUUGCGUCGAUCCACCGAACGAGUCUCUUUUGGAAGCAGCCUGUAAUAAUCCAGAAUCUAUUUAUCAAAGUGAGAGGUGAGGGGGGGGAGUUUGGCUUCGUGCUGUGGUCAGCGGUGAAGGAGGCUCGAAGGAGGAGGAGAGAGAGGUCAGCUGACCUUCCCUGAGGAAUGUGGGAUGUGUUUGGACCCCUGUAAACCCCUUAAAUGUGUCCCAUCUCCAUCACACCUCCAUAGUGACUGUCCCAUCAUGCACAGUGCAAAAAGAAAAGCAGUAAAUGUGUGUGGCCAUGCAUUGAACAAUAAAAAGAAACUCGUGUAUGA